AUGACGGUAUCACAACACAUGCUUGGGAGUGCAUGCACGGGGGCCGCUGACUGCGACGUUACGAACUCAGUUUGUUCAAACAAUGUGUGCGCCUGUGCCAAUGGAUAUAGGGACACAUCGACCAACUGUUGGCUAGUUCUAGGCGAGAGCUGUAAGGCGGAGUCUGCAUGUACUACGUAUGUAAACAAUUCUGAGUGCACGAGUUUUACGUGCAGUUGCAUUACUGGGUACCAACCGGACAAUGAUCUGUGCACGGCGGUUCUAGACGGGAGCUGUACGGAAGAUUCUAACUGUACUACGUAUUUAAGCAAUUCUGAGUGUACGAGUAAUACGUGCAGUUGCAUUACUGGGUACAAACCGGACAAUAAUGUGUGCACGACGGUUUAUCACGGCGGCUGUGGAAAUAUUUCGGAUUGUAACACUCACAUGCCAAACACUAAUUGUGAUUCUAAUUCACUGCUAUGUGUAUGCGACACAGAUUACACCUAUGACUCAGAAAGCGUAACGUGCCAGGCAGUGGCGACCACGGCCCCAGCCCCUGAUAACACUACCGCAACGCCUAUUGGUUAUGGUGAACAAUGUUCGGCAACAUCUGAGUGUGUGGCCCAUUCAUCAUGCACGCGCGGCACGUGUUCUUGCAAUGCGGGCUACAAAACCAACGGAACUAUGUGCCAGAAAAUAAUUGGCGGACCUUGUGUUUACACAUCCCAGUGUACAUACUACGAACCCAACUCCAACUGUAUAAUCGGUUCAUGCAAGUGUCUGGACGGGUAUUAUGAGACAGAGGUGCUUUGUUCGAAAGGGGGACAAGCGCAGACCUUCAGCUUUUUGGUAGUCAUUGCUCAUGUUAUAUUUGUUGCUAUGGUAACGAAGCGUUUACCUUCAUCUUUUUAA